AUGACUUCCCCAAGACCCGUCUUAUUGAUGCCUCCUGGGAGAAAUAAACUUAAACAUACUAUUAAAAAUAAGAGGACUUAUUUCCAAUAUACUGAAGAAGCAUUGGCACAAGCUGUCCAGGCCAUAAGAACAGAAAAUAAAAGCAUCAGAGAGGCCUGCCAUCACUAUGGUGUCCCUCGCUCAACAGUUCAAGAUCGAAUUUCCGGCAGAUAUAAAGAACAACCUCGAAAAGUAGGUCCAGAGCCUAUACUAGGCAUUGAUGGUGAGCAAAAAAUUGUAGACUGGAUUACAGAAUUAGCCAAAUGUGGGAUUCCUGUGAGCAAAGAGGUAUUGCUGGAAAAUGUUGCAAAAAUAAUUAAAAAUAUUUUAAGAGAAAAUAAGUUUCCAGAAGGGCGACCGGGACAGACAUGGUACCAAAAUGUUCUUAGAAGGCAUCCGAAGAUUAGGGUACGUGAACCUGAAAGUAUUAAUAAAGCCAGAGAGGCGGUCAGAGAGAGCUUAAUCAAAAAAUGGUUUACAGAUCUUGAAUGUUUUUUGAUUGAAAGAGGAGUUAUAGAUAUCAUGAACGAUCCUGACAGAAUAUUAAACGCUGAUGAGACUGGAGUUUCACUCUGUCCAAAAUCUGGUAAGGUCUUGGCUCCGAAAGGCUACAAAAAUGUUUAUAUUGUUAAAAGAGGUAACGAAAACGAAACAAUUACUGUUUUAAUAAUGAUAACUGCAUCGGGUAAAGUAUGCCCUCCGCUCGUGGUGUUUCCGUACAUUAAACCUUCAAAAGCAGUUGUAGAUAGUAUGCCAGAAGGUUGGAUAAUCGGCAAAACUGAAUUAGGUUGGAUGCGCUCAAAUGUUUUUUACGAAUACAUAGCUAACGACUUUAAUAACUGGUUAGUAGAGAACAAUAUUAAAAAACCAGUAAUCCUUUUCGUAGAUGGACAUAAAUCACAUAUGUCAAUGCCCUUAAGUCAAUUUUGUGCAGAAAAUGACAUCGCUUUGCCUCCAAAUACUACUCAUAUCAUGCAACUAGCCGAUGAAACUUUGGAUACAGAUAUGACACAAGAUAUUAAAAAUGGAUUCAGAAAGUGUGGGCUAUUCCCCUUUAAUCCGAAUAAACUUAAAAUCAUUAAUAGAAACAAUAUAAAACCUAAUAUCCCAAAAAGAAAACAAACAAAAGCCAAAGAAAGUGAUAGUGAUAUUAUAAAUACCGAUAAAGAUAUAGAAAUCAAUAUUAAGAAGACUAAAGUAAUAGAAACUGAUAAAUUUAAUAUUAUAAAGAAAGUUGAUAUAAAAGAAAUAAAUAAAAUAAGUGAAGAUAAGAUUGAUAAGGAAAUGUCUCAUAAAAGUGAAACAGCUAUAGAUGUAACUAAAACCAUUCCCAGCGAUGAAACUUUUAAGAAAUACGAUAUUUAUGAAGAAGAUGAGGAUGAUCACGAAUUUGAUAUUUUU